AUGCACUCCAGCGAGGAGAACCUCGAGGCGCCGGCCACCGCCGAGGCCAUCGUCCCCUCUGGCAUUUCCGCCAAGAGCUACUCGAUCUCCCCGGCCACCUUCCUGCAGCUCUGGGAGGACAACAUCGCCCGGCCUCCGUCAAUCCGGAAGCAUGCCCAAUCGCUGAUCCUUGAGGGCACCCUCGGCGACUCGUACCUGCGUUCGAUCUUCUGGCGAGUCUGCCUGUCGAUCCUCCCAGAUGAGGGGCCCAACGCCUCGGAGGCCUGGACCGACGCACUGCACACCUCUCGCCAGUUGUUCAUCGACCAGCGCAAUGCUUUUUAUGACCACCGCAAGUCCGACCUGGACUUCCUCUCCUCUCAGAUGGACCCUCUGUCCGAGGACAAUGACGCGUGGCCUGGUGCGCGCGUCGCGCCCCUUCGUGUCCCCCGCCCCCGGGCCCUCCCUGGCGGCAGCGUCUCGCGGCCGGCCCGGCACGCUGGGUCGGCCCCGUUCGCCGGCGGCGUCUGA